AUGGGAACACAGCCGGCAGUAGUGGAUUUGAAUUCAACAUACCGGAAAGGCGAUCGACAGUCGAUUUCACAUCUCCUAAACGAGCCUCCUGCUGCCCAAUAUCCAAUGCUCCAAAUAAAUCCCAUUGCGUAUUCUGAUUCACCCAUUAGCCCUUCAAUGUAUUCACUUGCAGCGGUGGGUAGGUCAGGAAGCAGCUCCAGCGUGGGGACUCCAGCAAUGCAUCCUGAGUACAAUAUCCGGUAUCCUGGAAUGCAUAUGCAACAGGGCGCCAAACCAGGCUAUUUUGCCGCGACACAUCAGCCGUUCGUGUCCACAUAUUACAACUAUGCGAGCGGAACACCAAAUCAGGGCAUUCUGUCUCAAAUCAAUACAGGAAUGCAUCCCCAGUUUCUGCACCCCCACGCACAACUGCUUAAUAACAUACACACCCUCAAUCUCCCCCUUCACAGCCCCACCUCAAUUUCUAAUUUCUCUUCUCCAGCGCCCGGUCUGAUGCUGGGGCUUCCCAGUCCCAUGGAGCUAGGACAUAAGCCAUCUCUGCAGCAACUACGAUACCCAUUUUUUACCUCUUCUACCUCCGGCAACGGCACUGUGCCCGAGUCCAAGUCUUAUUUACCAGGCGUUGCAGACGUGACGCAAAUGCAGGACCUGAUUGACAAGACCCAAGUAAGAUAUAUUCAAGCUCCGCCAAAACAAAUGCCCGUCCAAAUGCCCUCAUCGAUUAUUGGUUAUGGUAAUGCAAUUGGGGCUGUUCCGCAAAAUACUCCCUAUUUCUAUGGGCCCGGUGUUGUCGAGGGUCUACAGCCCGAGCUAUAUACAGGUCAGUGUCAUCUGAACAUGGUGGGAUUCCCCUAUUUUGGUCAAAAAAAUCGACGCUUCCGCCGUAGAUACCAUCAAAUUUAUCGGAAGUAUAAAUGCCACCAUCCAAACUGCACAAAAAGCUACGGGUCACUCAAUCACCUCAACACGCACAUAGUCACCAAGAACCAUGGCCAUCGUUUGUCCAAGGCUGAAUUCCGAAGCCUUGUCGAAAAUGAAGAGGAUUAUUUCUCGGCGCGCAAGGGCCGCAGCCAUAGUGAUAGCGCUUGCCUCUCGCCGGACGGGAGCGAGUCAGCGUGUUCUGUGGAAGAAGAGAAGAAGAACGAGGAAAAGACAGAGGAGAGAUCGGCAAGCAAGCUCCCUCUGGUGAGUUCGAUUGUACUGAAUGUCAGCUAA